CACAUCCCGUGGGUCAAAAAGAGACCUCGAGUCAAACAAACCUAUAGUUACACCAUGACCAUGUAAAUAACCCAAUUUACAUUUAACUUCUUUUAUUGUAACAAGUGUUUUAUUAAAACGUGAUAAGGAUUUUUUAUUCUCUUAUUAAUUCUUCCAGCAUUAUCUGUUUUGUACUUUUGUUAUGUAAUUUAUGAUAUCGAAAGAGUCAUUGCAAAUGUUAUUUAAUAUUUACAAUAUUUUAUUUGUUAUUGAGAGAUAAGGUUAUAUUUAACUUGCUCUGACGUUAAUAUAAUGUCGAUCAACAUUUGAACCCUGGAAAUUUUCCUUUAGGGUUCAAACUACAAAGUGGUUAUAAAAACAGGGUACAGCGAAUAUUUGCUACAAGUUAUCAUUUUAUUUGCAAUGGCUCGUGUACUUGUUGGAGUGAAAAGAGUCGUUGACUAUGCAGUGAAGAUCCGCGUGAAGCCGGACAAGACAGGAGUCGUUACGGAUGGUGUGAAGCACUCCAUGAACCCAUUCGAUGAGAUCGCUGUGGAGGAAGCGGUGCGGAUGAAGGAGAAGAAGUUGGCUGAGGAAGUGAUUGCUGUCACGUGCGGGCCUGCCCAGGCUCAAGAGACUCUGCGCACGGCGCUGGCGAUGGGAGUGGACAGAGGGAUCCACGUGGAGGUGUCUGGGCCAGAGUACGACACCCUGCAGCCCAUUCAUGUUUCCAAGAUACUCGCCAAGCUCGCCAAAGACGAGAAAGUUGACAUGAUAAUUGUCGGCAAGCAGGCUAUUGAUGAUGAUUCAAACCAAACAGCUCAGAUGACUGCUGCUUUUCUAGACUGGUCCCAAGCAACAUUUGCUUCUAAGAUUGAGAAGACGGAUGGUAAACUGACGGUGACUCGUGAGAUUGACGGUGGUCUGGAGACGAUUGAGGUGAAACUGCCGACCGUGAUCAGCGCGGACCUGCGUCUGAACCAGCCGCGCUACGCCACUUUACCCAAUAUCAUGAAAGCGAAGAAGAAGCCCAUCAAGAAGGUGACCCCCGCAGACCUAGGCGUGGACACGACUCCACGCAUACAGGUGGUGAGCUUGGAAGACCCUCCCACGCGACAGGCAGGAGCCAUAUUGGAGGACGUAGACCAGCUCGUUGUUAAACUCAAGGAGGGCGGCCACAUCUGAGCCCCAGUAAACUCCACGCCUCUAGCUGUCCUCUACCCUGAACACACUUGUUGCCAACGAGCUAAAAAUAUACAGCCGUUAUUUAAAUAACAGGUUUAUGACACUAAUAAAUAUUUGUUUGCAUUGUGUUUUUUUGUCAGUUUUUUCCAAGAUGUAAUAAAUUAUUCAGUUCUUGGUGAACAAAAGUUUUUCUAAAGGAAUAGGAAGUGAUUGUUGCUCAUAUAAUCAAUGCAUAUAUUUUAUACAAAUGAUUGUAUUUUUACCCUAGAGUGAAUAUAUAAUUGGUAUAUUUUCUGUA